AGCCAUAGCCAGAAAGGUCUCUUUUGGAGAAAAAAAGAAUUAAAAAACAAUUUUCCCGUUUGUAAAAUCAUUGAAGCGGCAUCGUUUCCCUCAUGACCAGGUCGUCAAAGAAGCCGUUGCCACCAUCGCCGCCGCAGUCGACUCGGCUAGCCAAUUACAAUACGCGGAAUUCCAAGAAACGACUGUUUUCUUCGUCAAAUUCCAGUUCCUUCAUGGACCCUGAAGUGAUCGAGAUUCCUCCUCCGAUGCCUCGCUCUUUUAAGUCUAAACAAAAACAGGUUGUUAUUCAUGAAAUAAUUGAUGUUGAUAAAGAUGAAGAUUCAAGUGAUGUAGUGAUCCUUGAUGAGAGAGCUGAUGUAAGGAACAAAGGGAAGGCAGUGAAAAGUAGCUCUGCUGUUUAUAAUACCAUUCAAGCUGAGGACUUUGUGGCUAAUUCUCUUGGUUCAAUAAACAAGGUUGAACCUUCUAAGCUUUCAACUCAAGGAUCACAAAAUAUAUAUAACUUUGAUUGUGAUUUGGCCUACGAUGAUGAGUUUUUUGAUAACAAUUACCUUAAUGAAUUUAUGGAUAUUGAUGAGUAUUUGCAAGCACAUUUUGAUAAUGUUGAUAUUCCUGCUGGAGUAGAGGCAGCCAUCCCUUGGUUUGCAGAUUAUUCAGGGAGUAAAAAGAAAACUUCUCUAGGGAACAUUUCAUCGAGUGUUGAUACAAAUGAUCAAUAUCAUUCAUCAUGGUUAUUAGAGCCUGCUCAUGCAAACAAGAAGGCAGCUUCAGUUAGUAGCACAAGUUUCCAGACCCCAGGUGAUCUUUUGAGUCAUUCUCCUGGAGGAGCCAGUCUGCCUUCACCUGUGUUAUUUCCACAAGGUUCUCAAAGUAAGAAGUCAGCUACUUCGCGACAUAGAUGGAAUAGUCAAAAUCUUCCACUUGGGCAUUCGUUGCAGUCUUCCCAGGUUGGUGGUUCAACUAAUGGUAGUAAUGUGAGUCACUCUGAUGCAAUGAAGCUCCCUGAUACAGUAAAUCCAGCUUAUUGGAAUCAUUUUAAUUCUGCCAUACAGAAGCAAAUUGGUGGUAGUAGUUUGUUGCAUUCAAAUUCUCCUACACCUGUAGAUGCAUUAAAUCACAAUGUGGUUGUGGAGCCAUCGAUGCCUUGGUGGCCACCACCUAUGAAACCAAAAUAUAGUUUCAAUAAGCAUGAUAUCUAUUCCAGUUUUCCUGACCCAUUUGAUGGUGUUUAUAUUACUUCUCAAGAAGUGGCAGAGAUCAGAAAGAAGAGAAAUGUGAAUGAAGAAGAUAUCCUCAAUAAGCUCCAACUUUUUAAACAGUUUGAUACUGUUGAAGACUUUUCUGACCAUCACUAUGCUUCCAGUGGUGCUUCAACAAAGCAGCCACCGAAAAAUUGGGCAAAGAAGAUUCAGGAGGAGUGGAAAAUACUUGAGAAGGAUUUGCCAGAUACUAUUUUUGUUAGGGUUUAUGAAUCAAGGAUGGAUCUCUUAAGGGCUGUAAUUAUAGGAGCAGAGGGCACUCCCUACCAUGAUGGUCUCUUCUUCUUUGAUGUUUUCUUCCCUGCUAGCUAUCCUAAAGUACCACCACAUGUUUACUACCAUUCUGGUGGCCUUCGACUCAAUCCAAAUUUGUAUAGUUGUGGGAAAGUAUGCCUUAGUCUUCUUAACACCUGGUCUGGUAAUAAGAAUGAGAAGUGGAUACCUAGUAUGUCAACCAUGCUCCAAGUUCUGGUAUCUAUUCAGGCUCUAAUCUUGAAUCAGAAGCCUUACUUUAAUGAGCCAGGUUGGGCACAUCAUAGUGGCACGCCAAAAGGUGAAUUAUUGUCUCGGCAAUACAAUGAGGAUACAUUUAUCUUGUCACUGAAGACAAUGAUCUACUCAAUGAGGAGGCCACCAAAGCAUUUUGAGGAUUUUGUUGUGGGCCAUUUCUACAGGCGUGCUAAUGAUAUUCUUGUGGCGUGUAAAGCAUAUAUGGAUGGCGCUCAGGUAGGUUGCCUGGUAAGAGGUGGUGUUCAAGAUGUCGAUGAAGGUGACAAGAGCUGCUCACAGAAGUUUAAGGACUCUGUGGCUGGAUGUGUAAAUAUGCUCGUGAAAGAAUUUACAGUACUUGGAGUCAACGAUUGUGAGAAAUUUCUUACUUCCCCCAAAUGUCAGAUUAAUCAAGCUGAUCAUAUUCCCAAGGCUGCAAUAUGAACUACUUUUUGAAAUUAAAAUUUUGAAACUUGACCAGAAUGGUUUUAUUUAUAAAUAUGCAAAGUAGUUUAAUUGAUUUCUUGUCAAGUAGUUUAGAAUUGAGUUGAGGAGUGUCACAUGCUUUCAUUCAUAGGACGCUUAGCUAUAAUUGACAUUGUACAUGGAUGUAUAUAAGAUUGGGGUCCAGGUUAUCAGUUCUUUUUCAUAAGAGCUGUACAACUUAACUCAUGCUUAGCACAAGGAGGGGAUAUACUGUAUGCAGUUGUUCUUAGCAUUUAUCAAUGAGGACCUGAGAUGGCUCGGAUCUAUUGCUGGAAAUCGAUGGGUGUUAUAUUUCUUGAGUAAUUGCAUUUGAGAAAUCUGAACUGGUGUUCUGGUGGAUUUCCUGUUGGUUUGGGUGCAAAGAGGAAAUUACCCAUUCUCUUUUGUUUUUAGAGCUUUUAUAUGUUCAUGUAAACUGGAAAUUUUGCCUUUGCUCCUGGAGGAGGUCUAAAUUUCUCGUAGUUGAUUCAGCAUUUUUCAAAUCUUCUUGAUGUGAAUAAUAACACCUGAAAUUAUUAUCAGGGUGAUGUUAGGAA